AUGGUCUUUUUUUCCCUGCGCGCUGUGCAAUACGUGGGUGAGACCUGCCGUUACCUUCUCCACCAACCCGUGCGGAAGGAGGAGAAGGAACACAAAGUCCGUCUGGCCACUGGGAAUGGUCUGCGGAAGGAGGUCUGGGAAGACUUUAUGAAGCGUUUCGGAGUGUCACAGGUCGUGGAGUUCUAUGGUGCCACAGAGUCGAAUGCCAACCUCUGCAACUGUGAAAAUAAGGUCGGUGCCAUCGGCUUCGGCACCAUGAUCAUCCCCUCCGCCUACCCUGUCUUUCUCGUGAAAACCGACCUCGAGACGGGUGAAGUCCUGCGUGAUCCCAAGACCGGUCUCUGUCAGGUCUGCGAGCCAGGCGAGGUGGGUCAGAUGGUGGGCUACGUGAAAGUAAACAGUGCGGUUCGAGGCUUUGCGGGCUAUAUCAACCGGAAGGAGUCCAGCAAAAAGGUGUUGCGCAAUGUGAAAAAACACGGUGACAUGGCCUUCCUCUCAGGUGACUGGCAAUGUAUUUAUGUGUGA